AUGGCGGAGGAGAGAUAUAACCGGAAGAACCCGGCGGUGAAGAGGAUUUUGCAGGAGGUUAAAGAGAUGCAAUCUAAUCCUUCCGAUGAUUUCAUGAGCCUUCCUCUUGAGGAGAACAUAUUCGAAUGGCAAUUUGCUAUCAGAGGACCUGCCGAUUCCGAGUUUGAGGGAGGAAUAUAUCAUGGAAGAAUUCAGUUACCUUCAGAAUAUCCUUUCAAGCCUCCUUCCUUUAUGCUACUAACUCCCAAUGGACGUUUUGAAACCCAGACCAAGAUUUGCUUGAGCAUUUCAAAUCACCACCCUGAGCAUUGGCAGCCAUCAUGGAGCGUGCGGACCGCAUUGGUAGCCCUAAUUGCAUUCAUGCCAACCAGCCCUAACGGUGCUCUGGGGUCAUUGGACUACACCAAGGAUGAAAGGCGUGUCCUUGCAAUUAAAUCUCGUGAAGCUGCUCCAAAAUUUGGGUCUACUGAGCGCCAGAGAUUAAUUGAUGAGAUCCAUGAAUACAUGCUAAGCAAGGCCCCUCCAGUUCCUCAAGUUAGCACUUCUCAGUCUCCAGAAGACCAGGCUGCUAAGAGUGAGGAUGAAGUUCAGGAAAAUGCUGUUAAUACUGUUGCAGAAGAAACUCAAGAAGAGCUUCCAGAAGGACCAGCUCCAGCAGAAGACAGUAUCACGGAGGAGGUACAACCCCGUGAAGUACCACCCCCUGCUGUGACUUCUGUUCAGCUGCAACAAACACACCCUGCUCCAAGCGCAACACUUCAGCAAACAUCCCCAGUUGUUCCUAGACAGGCAGAUGACCGGUUGUUUACAUGGGCAGCUGUUGGGCUAACCAUUGCCAUAGUGUUUCUGCUUCUGAAGAAGUUCAUGAAAGCCAAUGGUCACAGCGCUUUCUUCAUGGAUGAAUCCUAA